AUGGAUAAAAUAUUUCCUAUUGAGAUAUUUCUUGAAAUAUUUCAAUAUAUUUCAGUAGUUGAUUUAUACUAUUCCUGGUACAAUUUAAAUUCUAGAAUCAAUUUAAUAUUGGCUGAUGUUAAACUAUCUAUUGAUUUAUCAUCUGAUAUUUCGCAAAAUGUGUAUAAACGUUUAUACGAGCAAAGUAUAUCAGAAUUACAUCAUCAAAUAUAUUACAUUCGUCAAUAUUGUCCAUUAAUUCCUAAUAUCAAUCAAUUUAUUAAUGUACGUACAUUAAUAAUUCAUUAUCCAUCAUCCGAUCAAUUAAAACAAAUAAAACCAACAAUAUUUAAAUAUUUAACAUGUCUAUGCAUUCAAUAUUCACCAUGUUCUUCAAAAGAGUAUGAACAUUUAUGUCGAUUACUCUUCUCAGGUCAGUUUUAUUUCUUAAAAAAAUGUCAUUUAUCAUAUAUCAAUGAAAUAAAAACAAUAAUAACAUCAACAUCAAAUAUUCAGUCGCUUACAAUUGCCAAAUGUAAUAAAAAUGAUUUAUAUUUAAUUAUCAAAUAUUUAGAAAAAUUAAAAUAUUUAUCUGUUGGUAUUAUCAAAGAUGAAACUUUAGCAACAGUAACACUAAAACAUUUACCAUCUAUAAUAUCUAGAAAGUUAACUACAUUAAAACUAGUAAUUCAUAAAUAUCAAAUGCAUUUUUAUGAAUUUGAAUAUAUAGCAUCUUAUUUACCAAAUUUAAACUAUUUAUUUGUUAAAGCAUUUGAUAAUGAACAUUUAAAUUUUAAUCGAUGGCAACAUGUAUUAUCAGCAAACUUAUUAAAAUUAUUCCAAUUUGAUUGUUAUUUUAAAAUGGAUAGAAAGCCUAGAAUUAUUCCUGAUAUAAAUCAAAUACGCCAACAACAUCCGCUCUUCACUGAAAUUAAAUGUGACGAUAGUGGAGAAGGUAUUUGUUUUUAUACAAAUGUGAAUGCAAUUCCGAAAUUUUAUUGGUGA